AUGAUGACUUAUUUCCUCUAUUCCUAUGUUUUACUUCUUCUAUGUUUUAUUAUAAAUGAUGCAAAACAAUUUGAAAAUCCUUUACAAGGAACAAGUUCAGUAUGCGCUGAUGUUUGCACAUCACCUGAAGCUCAUAUUGAAUUAGAUUUAAGUGAACCACGAAUCUACCGAGAAAAUGAACGAGCUCAAAUAACACUUCAUCAUACCGGUAGCGGCCGUUGUCGAGAACCAGCUUUACUUCAAAUUCCACUUGAAAAAAUUGGUCAACAUGGUAUUAUAAAAUUUGAUUUAAAUUUCGGUCCUGUUUUACAUAAUUUCAGUAUUGAUAUUGGAUUUAAUAAUGAAGAUAAUAACACAAUACGAAGUGUAAAUAUAUUUAAUCAACAAGUAACAAUUGAAUAUCGUUCACAUAAUGAAAAUAAAAUUGAUAUUUAUGAACAAUCAGUAACAUUAGUUGAACCAGGUGAAGAUUUAAUAAUAUAUUUAUCGAAUGAAUGGAUACAUAUUGAAAAUAAACAACGUCAACAACAAAAAUUAACUGUUCAUUUUAAUCAAACGGAUAUGUUUUUAUUUAAUCGAAAUUCUUCAUUUUCGAAUCUUUAUAUUGGUUUGAAUCGGAAUAUAAAUGGAAAACAAACUGGUAUUGGUCUUUGUUUAGCAAAUUUAACUUUUAUUGAAUGUACAGCAGAUCAACAAUCUGCUUUGGAUAUUGAUGUAAAUAAUAAAACAUUUGUUCAACGUGAUCUUGAAAAUAUAAAUUGGAUUAGUCAUUUAACUUAUCUUGAUCCAAAUGCUGAUGUACGUGAAUGUACUGCACAAGGUGUUGUUCGUUUAACAUUCGAUCCAUCUGGAACAAGACGUAUUGCUCGAUUUGAUUUAAAUAUGGGUUCACAAAUUCAAGGUUUUACAUUUAAUAUUGGUGAUUCAGCAACUAAUAAUGGUUAUGGUGGUGAUGGUGGUACAACAUCAAAUUCAGCUGAAAUUCAUUCAAAUGAUAAUCGAUUUUAUAUUUGGGCAAAUACAAAAAUAUGUGGUGAUACACUUUUAUUAAAAAUUGAUUAUAAUGUUAUAGAACCAUUUGAUAAUAUUACAAUUUUAAUUAGUAAUGAACGUGUUGAAUUAACUAAUCAUCGUUCCUAUCAUCAAAUUCUUUCUAAUCCUUAUUUAUAUGCACUUGCUAAACAAAAUGUAACCUGUAAUUGUUUUGAUUCACUUUGUUAUCCUGGUGUACAACCAGAUAAUGAUAUUUAUUUUGGUAUCAAUCGUGUUAUUGGUGGAACUUAUCGUCCUGGCACAGGAGUAUGUAAUGCACAUGUCAAUUGGCUUCAAUGUAAAAAAAUCGAAGUAUCACCUAGAAAUAAAUACGAACCAAUAACUACAACAACCGAGUCAACAACAAUCAUGUCAAGCACUAAUAAAACUGAUCUAACAACAAAUUUAUUCGAGCAUUCAACUGAAAUAAUAAAUACAACAGAAUCAUCUUCAUUAUCUAUGAUAACGGAAGAAAGUCAUCAAAAUGACACAUCUUCAACAAUGAUUUAUUUCAACGAACUAACAACAACACAACAAGAAAUAACUCCUACAACAUUAGAAGUUAAUUAUAUGACAACAAGUCAAGCAAAUGAUGAAGACACAACUUCUUUUAUAAGUUCAUCAACAAAUGUAAAUGAAGAAGAAUUAUUAACAACGAAUAAUAAACCUAGUCUAUAUCAUUUAUUAACUAAUUCAUCACAAUAUAAACCAACGGAAAAUCCAAUCAUUAUUGAAGACAUCACAACAACAACAACAAAAAGAACAAGUGUAAAUCCAUGUACAUUAGAAAAUCUUCGUGCUAAUUUUGUCUAUCAUGAAUAUUCAUUAGAUAAACAUAAAUUUAUCUUUUGUGAUAAUGAAGGCAAAAUGAAUAUCAUUGCAUGUUCACCAAAUUAUAUUUGGUCACAAACUGAACAAUCAUGCAUUUUACCAAACUAA